AUGUAUCAAGAAUUACCAUUUGAUGAAUUAAAAGUUGAUUCGAGAAAACGAAGAGUAGCUUAUUUUUAUGAUCAAGAUGUUGGUAAUUAUUUUUAUGGAACUGGUCAUUGUAUGAAACCUCAUAGAAUUAGAAUGGCUCAUUCAUUAAUUAUGAAUUAUGAAUUAUAUAAAAAAAUGGAAAUUUAUCGAGCUCAACCAGCAACAAAUUUAGAAUUGACUCAAUUUCAUACUGAUGAAUAUAUAGAUUUUAUUGAUCGAGUUACUCCCGAUAAUCUACAUUUAUUUGAACGAGAACAAGUGAUAUUUAAUGUUGGAGAUGAUUGUCCAGUUUUCGAUGGAUUAGGAGAAUUUUGUAAAAUUUCUUGUGGUGGAUCAAUGGAAGGAGCGGCAAGAUUAAAUCGAGGACAAGCUGAUAUUGCCAUUAAUUAUGCUGGUGGAUUACAUCAUGCAAAAAAAUCUGAAGCUAGUGGAUUUUGUUAUACUAAUGAUAUUGUUUUGGGGAUUAUAGAAUUGUUACGAUAUCAUCCCAGAGUAUUAUAUAUUGAUACUGAUGUUCAUCAUGGUGAUGGUGUUGAAGAAGCAUUUUAUACUAAUGAUCGAGUAAUGACUUGUUCUUUCCAUAAAUUUGGAGAAUUUUUCCCUGGUACAGGGAAUUUAACUGAUAUUGGUAUUGGCAAGGGGAAAUAUCAUGCCAUUAAUAUCCCACUUCGAGAUGGUAUAGAUGAUGCAUCUUAUAAAUCAAUAUUUGAACCCAUAAUAACAAAAAUUAUGGAAUGGUAUCAACCAUCAGCCAUUGUUUUACAAUGUGGUGGGGAUUCUUUAAGUGGUGAUCGAUUAGGUCCCUUCAAUUUAUCAAUGCGAGGUCAUGCCAAUUGUGUUAAUUUUGUUAGGUCAUUAGGAGUCCCCAUGAUGGUAUUAGGUGGUGGUGGUUAUACCAUUAGAAAUGUUGCUAGAACAUGGGCAUUUGAAACCGGGAUUUGUAAUGGAGAAAUCUUACCUAAAGAAUUACCCUAUAAUGGAUAUUAUGAAUAUUAUGCUCCAACUUAUGAAUUGGAUGUUCGAUCAGCUAAUAUGAAUAAUGCCAAUUCAAAAGAUUAUUUGGAUAAAAUAUUGACUCAAGUGAUAUCUAAUCUCGAUAAUACUAAACAUGCACCAUCAGUGCAAAUGAAUGAAGUUCCAUUAGAUAUGGAAGAUUUGGGUGAUGUUGAUGAAGAUAUGCCCGAUGCAAUAGAUACAAAAGGUGGAUCACAGUUUGCUAAAGAUAAGUUAAUUCAAACUGAUGGCGAAUUUUAUGAUGAUGAUGAAAAAGAUAAAGGUGAAAAAAAUAUCCAAGAAAAUGGUAAUGUGAAUAUUAAUGGGAAUGGCAAUGGCAAUGUGACUAUAACGGAGGAAGAACAAGCUGAAUUAGAUAAAUUGAAUAAUAAUGUGUGA